GCUUCUGAUCGCAUCUUCACCACCUCGCACACGCGAGCAGGCGGGCUCAACUGUCCUUCAACUUUGUGCUCACUUUCUGCUUUUUUUUUUUUUUUUUUUUUUUUUUUGUGGACAAUCGGCCAGACUGGAGGUGACGGAGGCGCUCAGCGCUCGUGUCGACGGUACCGUGGCGGUGGUGCCGCCGGGCCACACGGACAUGGAGCAUUUCGACGACCGAGCUCAGCGCCGCGGCGCCCGCGCCGGAUCCGCAUCCGGCGCGGCCGGGACGCGCGUCAACGGCGUGCACAGCCCCACGCACAGCGCCCAUUGCAGCCUGUUCCGCGCGCCGCGCACCCUCAAGGCCCUGAGCGCCGAGAGGCGGGCCAAGAAGGUGCGCUUCUACCGCAACGGCGACCGCUUCUUCCACGGCAUCGUGUACGCGGUGUCCGCCGACCGUUUCCGCACCUUCGACGCGCUGCUGGCCGACCUGACGCGCGGCCUCUCGGACAACGUCAACCUGCCGCAGGGCGUGCGCACCAUCUACACGCUGGACGGAUCCGGACGCAUCGGCAGCAUCGAUCAGCUGGUCGAGGGCGAAAGCUAUGUGUGCAGCUCAGUGGAGGCUUACAAAAAGGUGGACUACACCAAAAACGUCAACCCCAACUGGUCGGUGAACGUCAAGGCGUCGGGCGCGGCCUCGGCGCGCGGGCCCCCUUCGCUGGGCAGCGCCAAGGCGGGCCCCGCGGGCACAGUCGGCGGCGGGCUGCCCGAGAACCGCGAGAACAAGGACUUUGUUCGACCCAAGCUGGUGACGGUGGUCCGCAGCGGCAUGAAGCCCCGCAAGGCGGUCAGGGUUCUGCUCAACAAGAAGACGGCGCACUCCUACGAACAGGUGCUCACCGACAUCACCGACGCCAUCAAGCUGGACUCUGGAGUGGUCAAGAAGAUCUACACGCUGGAGGGGAAACUGGUGACGUGUCUGCAGGACUUUUUUGGCGACGAGGACGUGUUUGUGGCAUGUGGACCCGAAAAGCUCCGCUACCAAGACGACCUGAUGCUGGAUGAGACUGAGUGUCGCAUAAUGCGGCCGAUGAACUACGGCAAGAUAUCUUCCAUCCGAGCUUCCCCCAAGGCUUUGAUCCAGACUCGACGCAGCAAGUCCCCCGCGUCCGUGAACGGGAUGCCGGCCAGUCAGCUGUCCACGCCGCCGCAGACGGGAAAGUCUCCCAGCCCCUCCCCCGCCAGCCCGGCCAGCCUCAGCCAACAAUGGCGGGGCUCCGAGGGCUCCUCCCCCUCUCUGUCUUCCACUCAAGCUUCCAGCCCGGUGAACAGCGACGGAGCAGUGACCGACGAGGAAAUGGUGGCGGACGAGUUUCCGGCCGUCCCGUCUUACAUAUCGGAGCGCUACAAGGUGGGCCGCAUGCUGGGCGACGGCAACUUCGCGGUGGUCCACGAGUGCGCCGAGCACUCGACGGGACGCCAUUACGCGCUCAAGAUCAUCAACAAGGGCAAAUGCAGAGGCAAGGAGCACAUGAUCCAGAACGAGGUGGCCAUCUUGCGGCGAGUCAAGCAUCCCAACAUCGUCCUGCUCAUCGAGGAGGUGGACACGUACGGCGAACUCUACCUGGUCAUGGAGCUGGUCAAGGGGGGAGACCUGUUCGACGCCAUCACUUCGGCUAACCGCUACACGGAGAAAGACGCCAGCGGCAUGCUCUACAACCUGGCCAACGCAAUCAAAUACCUCCACAGCCUCAACAUCGUGCACCGGGACAUCAAGCCGGAAAACCUUCUGGUGUACGAGCACGCAGACGGCAGCAAGAGCCUCAAACUGGGAGACUUCGGUUUGGCCACCGUGGUGGACGGACCUCUUUACACUGUCUGCGGCACGCCAACAUAUGUAGCACCUGAAAUCAUUGCAGAAACAGGGUACGGCCUGAAAGUGGACAUCUGGGCCGCCGGCGUGAUCACUUACAUCCUUCUGUGUGGUUUUCCGCCUUUCCGAGGGAGCAGUGAGGAUCAGGAGGUUCUCUUCGACCAGAUUCUGAUGGGCCAGGUGGAAUUUCCUCUGCCGUACUGGGACAACGUGUCGGACACAGCCAAGGAGCUGAUCCGAUCCAUGCUGGAGGUGGAAGUGGACCAGAGAUACACGGCCCUGCAGGUCCUGGAGCAUCCAUGGGUCACUGAUGAAGGUCUUUGCGAGAACGACCACCAGCUGUCGGUAGCGGGAAAGAUCAAGAAGCACUUCAACACCGCACCAAAGGUCGGCGAUGACACAGAGGCGCUUAUUUCUUUGGACGGAGGUUUUUCUAUGCAGAGAUCCGGAUCGCUGGACUUCCAGCAGCACCCGGCCAUGUACUGGAUAAGGCCUCCCCUAUUGAUAAGGAGAGGUCGCUUCUCGGACGAGGACGCCACCCGGAUGUGAUGCCUUUGCAAACCUGACAUGUCCCGCCCAAACGCCAGCCUCCCCCGUGACUUUGACAACAUCUGCAUCAGCUCCGAAGAGGGCGGGAAUCCCUUUCAAGGAGUUCCCACAGAGGGAAAAGUACAAAGCAAAAAAAAAAAAAAAAAAAACAGAGAAUUCUUGGGUGUCUUUCCAAGAGGAGAAGUUUAUUUUAUUCAAUUUUAUUUAUCCAAGUUGUGUCAUCCGUCAUUCCCCUUCUGUGAUGGAACAUCCUUGGCAAUAUGGACCAAUGAACUUCAUUUUUUUUAUACACACACAUAUAUAUAUAUAUAUAUAUAUCAUGUACGUAGUUCCCUUUUUUCACAGAGAUAUGUUUUUGUCGAUCGAUCGGUGGAAGGAAGUAGGUGUUUCUCGCAGUAGGCCAGCGGCGCUUUUUCCUUCAAAACACGUCGGAAAAUGGAACAAAGUAUUGGUGUUGCCUUCCGGUAAUGUCGCAUUGAGACGCUGACGGACGGUGCGUUCGGUCGCCAGUCGUACGUUUGAGUGCCGCUUCUUUCACUGCUGGUGUGUAGCAAACAUGAUUCCAUGAUUCCCCCCCCCCCCCCCCCCCCCACACUAAAGGCCCCGCCCUGAAGCAGACAAAGGUGUAACCUUGCUGAUGUCAAACAUGCAGAACCAGCAGCACUCAAGUGGAUUUACUCCUCAUUCUUCUUCAUUCUUCAUGAAUUCAGCAUAACAGACACACCGUAGCGUCUAAAAUAACGUCUGUUAUUGUUGUUGUUAUUAUAAAAUCUAAUAUGUUCAGUAUUGACUAGCAAAGAAAAGUCAGUCGGGGAGAUCAUCUGGUCCAGUUUUGGGUUUUAUGGCAAAACAUCAAACUUUGCCGCCAUGCUCCGUCCAUACGUAAUGACUCAAAUGUUUUGCAGGUUACGGUCAUUCGUUUGUCUAGUUAAAAAAUAUUCAAAUUGGGUAGCAAUCAGGCAAAAUCUCCAGGAGGAGUGAAGCCCUGGAAUUGGCCAAAUUGAGCCUGAAAUGACCACGUCAAACCAAAGAUGGCAGACCUCCUGGGUAUUUUCAGGCAUGGCUUAUGAAGACUUUUUGGUGGGUCAACACAUGACGGACAUGCCGACCAAAUUGCCCACACACAAUGAUGAAAACUAAAAAUUCGUUGCAAUUUAGCAUCGUCCAUAGUGUACGUGGUUCAAAUUUGGUAUCAAUUGGACAAAUUCUGUAGGACCUUCAACGGAACACUGGAAAUGGCCGCUUUAAACCAAAAUGUCAGACUUCCAGUCUUUUUUUUCCGAUGGCCAACAUGGCUCGCUUGGGGCCGAUGAUCUCUCUCGCAGUCGUCACUUUUGUCUGUAGGUCCCCUUGAUGUGUCGAUUGUAUUGAUUGCGAUCAAUACUAACCAAUCAACGAACAGCAACAAGUGCUCACCAAAGUGCUGUGACGGCUGCACUACACCAUUACGCCUGUUGCAAAACCAAUACAUGUACCUCUCUUCAACAGUGCUCUAUCAACAAUAACGUGGUAUUAACAAUUAUUAAAAUGCUUAGAAAGAAA